GUGGCACUGGCACCUCCCUCCCUCCCUCCCUUGUUUCUUCUCCUUUCUCUCUCUAGAUUUCUAUGAAUCCUUCACCGUCCACCUCUCUCAUAAGCCAAUCAAGCAAACACUUUGUUUUCUAGAAUUUUGACACUCCCGUCUCUUCUCCUGAUCGAUGGGUUCUGGGUUCUCCGUUCUCUUUACGGCCUGCAUCAUGGGGAAGCUUCAAGAGCCAGAGCCGGAGCCGCCGAGCCUGGGCGAUUUGCCGGAGGGCUGCGUGGCCUCCGUUCUGGCUUACUUGGAUCCGCCGGAGAUUUGCCGGCUGGCGAGGCUGAAUCGAGCCUUUCGUGGCGCCUCCUCCGCCAAUUUUGUUUGGGAAUCCAAAUUGCCCCCAAAUUAUGAGACUCUGAUUCGGAGGGUUUUCAGUGAUUUUCCGUCCAGAUUGUGCAAGAAAGAUAUAUACGCCAGGCUCUGUCGACAGAAUUCCUUCGAUGGUGGCACCAAGAAAGCGUGGAUGGAUAAGAGUACAGGGAGGCUUUGUUUGUCGAUUUCUUCCAAAGGGUUGGCAGUGACCGGAAUCGACGAUCGGAGAUACUGGAAUCGGAUUCCAACCGAGGAAUCGAGCUUUGGCAUGGUGGCUUAUCUCCAGCAAAUCUGGUGGUUUGAAGUUGAUGGGGAGGUUGAGUUCCCGUUCCCGGCUGGGAAGUAUAGUCUAUUCUUCAGGCUGCAUUUAGGGCGGGCUUCAAAGAGGUUUGGGCGACGAAUCUGCAACAUGGAGCAUGUCCACGGCUGGGACAUAAAGCCAGUGCGCUUCCAACUUUCGACACCUGAUGGUCAAAAAUCCAUAUCUCAGUGCUUCCUGGUUGAGCCUGGGAAAUGGGUUCACUACCAUGUGGGAGAUUUUGUCAUUGAGGAUCAUCGUGCUGCACCAACAAAAGUCAAAUUUUCGAUGACUCAGAUCGAUUGUACACACACCAAAGGAGGGGUAUGUUUAGAUUCUGUAGCCAUAUACCCUAGCGAAUUCAGGGAGAGGUUAAAGCGUUUUUGAGUGGCUGUUGACCUUUCUAUGUAGAGUUGAUAGGCAGAGGACAUCAGAAAGCUUAGAACCAAAUAGUGGUUGAUCCAUCGUUGUGAGACACAGGAAAUGUGUAUAUAUAUUAGCAUGUUGUUGAGUGUUUCAUGGACUCGCCCCCCUUACUCUCCAUGCCGCCGCAUUUUGCUCUAUUUUUGUUUGAAGAAGACUGCCAGCGGAAGGGAGAGAAAUGGCAGUUCAACGGAUGCAAGAAGAGGCCAUAUUUUGAUUGAGCAGCCA